AUGGCAAUGAACAGCUCAUUUGUGAGUUUCGAUGGUGGCAUUCAACAGUUAAAAGGUGAAGAUACUUCGGUGAUCGUACCAGCUCUUCUCAGUACGAUCAGUGGACUUGGAAUCGGCGGGAAUGUUUUGGUGCUUGUGGUGCUUAUCUACGUAUUCGCCAACCGGAGAGCAUCCGAAGCGUAUGUCAUGCUCGCCAACUUAAGCGCAUCUGAUUUGUUGAUACUCUCUCUGUGCGCUCCCGUGCGCGCAGUCACAUACUAUAGGCGCACUUGGACACUCGGACUAAUGGCUUGCAGAACUACAGAGUGGAUCCAGCAUAGUUGUCUGGCGGUCAAAGCUUUCAUGCUGUUAGCAACGAGCCAGGCACGCCAUAACUUCUCAUCUCAUCCAGGUGCCCACUCGAAUUUCCGCCAAAAGCGCGUUCUGAUAACUGCAGUGAUAAUAUGGACGGUUGCGCUAGUGUUCCCAAUUCCUGAUAUCGUAUUCUCCAGGUUAAAGGAUGAGGGCAACAUCAGCCUGUGUAUCUCUGAAUUGCCCGCUUACUCCCAGGAUGUGAUGCGCGUGUUCAGUAAGAUACUACCGCUGGGCAUCUAUGUUCUUCCCAUCAUCCUGUCCGUUAUGUGCCACAUCAGGGCCAUCUUCCACAUCAAACCGAUUACGCACGGGGAGACUAGUCUGCCGCGUCACUAUCAGAGUUCUUUGCUGUAUUUAAGCGUCAUCGCAAUGAACGCGCUCAUGAUGUUGCCGGAGUGGGCCUCUUGGGUGUGGAUGCGUCACAGUUCUGACGAGAGCUGCAAACCGUCAGCUGGUUUGUUGAUCUUCGCUCAGGUGUGCGUUUACCUGAGCAGCGCGUUCUUUCCCGCCAUCCUUCUCACCAUGCACGUGCCGCUCAGAGAGAGUCUUAGCGAUUUGUGUUCUCUGUUAGCUUGUCGAGAAGGUAAACACAGACAGAAGAUUGAGGGGAACGGAAAUGAGAUGCGCGCAAUGGUCAUGAAGGUGUUGGAUGAGCGGGUCUGUGUACCCACGCUGACCGUAACAGAGAGGCAUUCAGACGCGUAUUGUCAAACUCUCCCGGAUCUCGAUCAUUUUUGGAGCGAAAGGCGAAACACUUCGGUCACAGAGGACAGCGACCCAUUGCCAUGGGAACGACUGAAACAAAGCAAUGUUGAACUCUAA